AUGGCCAUCUUGACGAUUCAAAAGGCGACUCCCCGAGAGGAGGAAGACGUGGAAAUGGUGUAUUCGGACGCCGACUCGGACGCCGAGGAGCAGAUGGUCAUGUCUGACGACGAAAACGAAGAUAUGGACGACAAUGCUCAGGCAGCAAACGUGGCUGCGGGUCUGGUGACGCCCGGCAAGCUGAUUACAGAGGACCCCAUUUGGAUGCGAGGCCACGGUACCUACUCGGUGGGCAACAAGACCUUCUCAUCCACUGCUGGAGUGGUGACCAAGACCAACAAGCUGCUGAGUGUGGUACCGCUGCGAGGCCGAUACCAACCCCAGAUCGGAGACCACGUGGUGGGACGGAUUGUGGACGUGGGAGUGAAGCGAUGGCGGGUCGACAUUGGCGCCAAGCAGCUGGCUGUGCUUCAGCUGGGCUCCGUUAACCUGCCCGGAGGUAUUUUGCGUCGAAAGCAGGAGUCCGACGAGCUGCAGAUGCGAGGAUUCCUCAAGGAAGGAGAUCUCAUCAACACAGAGGUUCAGUCGCUGUACCAGGACGGAUCUGCUGCUCUGCAUACCCGUUCGUUGCGGUACGGUAAACUGCGUAACGGAGUUCUCAUCACUGUGCCCAGCGCUCUGAUUGUGCGUGCAAAGAGCCAUGUUCACCAACUGCCUGGCGGAGUGGACACUGUGGUGGGAGUCAAUGGCUGGAUCUGGCUAUGUAUGGCCUGGGCCAAUUCUCACCUGACUCGAGAGAACACCACAAGUAUCACUCGACUGGAAGAAGAGGCCUCUUUGACUGAGACAUACAGUGACAAGAACGAGGACAUUCCCCGGUCUGUCAGAGAGAACAUUGCGCGGUACGCCAACUGUUUCAAGGCUCUGGCUGCUAAUGAGGUUGGUAUCACCGAAGAUCGAGUCAUUGCUGCCUACGAAGCCAGUUUGGUGUACCCUAGUGCUGGAGACUUGAUUGAUAAGGAGGCAAAGGAGAUUAUUGCUGCCAAGGCUAUUGCUGCGUGA